CUACUGUCACUAUUGUAUCAGCAAAGUUAUCGACUCAGCUCCUCGUCAUGAAGUUUCUCCUGGCCAGUGCCACUCUGUUGGCCACCUUCGCCGUGCUCAUCCUCGCCGACAGCAACCAGUGGGGCCGUCGAGUUUCCGGCGACCGUCUGCUGAACCGAACCACGGUCGUGAAUAAUUCCCUCCCGGUUCCGAUCAAGACCGCCGUCGUCCAGUACCUGCCACCGCCCGGCGUCCGACCACCGAACGUGACCUACAUCGUGGCCAGGGAUAACGUGAAAAAUCCGGGCCAGGGCGGUUUGGCCGCGCUCAUCUCGGGCGGGAUCAACCAAACCCAUGCCACGGUUAAGCUGAGCUCCCGGCCCAGCUUGGGUUUCAACUUUACGGUGGAGAUUUACGGCCGGUAGGGAUUGACAGACUGGGAUGGAGUGGAGUUGAAGAGAAAAGUUUUGCAAUAGUUUGUGGAAGAGUUCGAAGUUGGGAUAAAUUCCCAAGUAACAAUUUAAGUUUUAAAACGAUCUAGAAGAGAUUAUUAAGAGUCGUUGGCCAAAAAUGGUUAUAAAACAUUUUAGUCCUACAUGCUGUAUUAAACACGAGUUAAAGCUGAGGUAAGUGCAAAGUGGACUAUUUUAGGAGGUUAUGAAGAUCAAUUUUCAAGGAUGUUUUAAAACGAUAUAAUCUAGCAGAUAAGUUUUAGCAAUGUCUUCAAAGACUCUUGCUGAAUUAAAUAAAUCUUGUGUAAAUGAUAAAUGGUUUUGGAGUAUCCUGGAAGACUUCUUAGCAACUGAAAUAAAUCAAGAUAUAAAUGGAACAGCUCUUGAAGAAAACCAAACGUGCCUUAACUAGAUCUUAUUGAAUUCAAAAAUAUUAUCAUCAAAACCAUUCUGUCUUAUAGUGUACCCUACUUGAUAAACAAGUAUUAGAAAAUUGUACAAGACAAAAAUUUACAAGAAAAAUGCUAUAUUGAAAAAUAAAACAUGCAUAAUUUAGUGAACAUAUCCAAAAAGUUCAUGCCAUUAAAAAAUUAUCGAAUAAUUUUUCAAGAUGCCUCGAAAAAAUACUGCUCGCCUUGUUGAAUCUAUAAUUAACCUACAAGAUUUUCAUGCCAAAAUACGUUUAAUUUCUGAUAUCUCUCAAAUAUUCAACAUGGCUGCGAUUUUUUGCCCAAUUUCUUGCCUCUCAAUAUGGCGAAAAUCGUUAAACCAUUCUUUUCUUGAUUAAAACCAUGUUAAAUGUAAUUAUUCUAAGCAUGCUCUUGGUCGGGACUUCUGAAGAACUGUAGGACUUGUGAAAUACUUGAUAUUGCUUUAACCAAGGCUAAAUCACACAUUGCACUGGCCGUAGCGCAUGCUUGUAUCGAUGGUGGAAAAUAGAUCCGGGUAGUGAAAAUUUCUGGACCAACACGGGAAAAGGGUGGACAAAAAUUUCGACUGUGUAGCUAAUUUUCAGGUUCACAUUACUCGGACAUUCAAACAACAGCAAUCCUCUCCAGCUUUCUUCCGCAAAGGGGAUUUAGAUGAGUAGUUACCUGUUGUCUAAGAGCUUUAAUAAUAAUUGUUCCAAAUUUGCAUGCGCCCUUUUUGAUUGUUGCUGUAGAUUUGAUCAUAAUUUUCUCUCUAAAUAAAUAAAGACAAUAAUAGCUCUGUUUUUUAUUCAUAUAACAUUAACAAUACUGCGGAAAAACAUACUACAUGACAAAACGUAUUCCAAAGUGUCAAUUAUUUGGUUUGGCUUUAU